AUGCUUUGGGUGGAUGGAGGUGAGACAGAGAGAGCCCUGGCCGCAGGGGACUCCCUGGCCCCUUCUUCAAGACAGCUCUCCAAACCCCUCGGCCUUCCAAGGACCUGCCACAGGAGCCAGAGGCUAGAGCCCUGGCUUUCCCAAAAUGUUGGAGAUGAAAAUGGGGCAAACACUGCUUCUGUUGAUAAAUCACAGGUGAACGCUAAAAUCGAGGCCAAGGAAGCCUGUGACUGGCUGCGGGCUGCCGGGUUCCCGCAGUACGCGCAGCUUUAUGAAGAUCUCCUUUUUCCAAUUGACAUCGCUCUAGUCAAGCGAGAGCAUGACUUUCUGGACAGAGAUGCUAUUGAGGCCUUAUGCAGGUUCAGGCUUCCAGUGUACUUGCCGCUCAGGGCUGAUACGGACCAGUCUCGACCCAGGGGGCUGGGACUGGGAGGCAGGUCCUGUUGCAUUGGUCACCCUCGGGAAGAAGGGGUUUGCAGAGCCGGGGUGAAGGAGGGUGGGAUCCUGCGCAGGAGUACCUGGCGGGCGACGAAAAGUGACGCCUUGGAGAUACAACGCUCCACAGGACGCAUAGACGGGACGUUCACCCUUCACCCACGCCAUAAAUACAAUUCCUCUGAAAUUCACUGGACUUGUGCGUGUACCCACCAGCUGCAGCCGGCAGGACUGAGCCUUCUGCCUUUUAAAGUCAGAGCAAAGAUGAAAAUAGAGAGAUCUGGAUAA